AUUCCAGCCAGCCUCCAGGUAGAAAAAGUAGAUUGCAAAUUUUUCAUAGAACAACUUGCAAGAGUAGAUUGCAAAAGUAGAUUGCAAAUUUUUCAUAGAACAAAUUUUUCCAGCCAGCCUCCAGGUAGAAACACUAAUUACUUUUUCUUACUAUUCCUCUUCCGAAUUUCUCCUAAUUGCCCCAGUCAUUUCGGUUGAAUCUUAACUGUUUCUUCAAUAUCUACUUUUUCCAAGUUUUGUACGUAGAUUUCCCAGCCCAAAUUUUAACCUUUAGAUUCGAUUUAUUGAAUUCUUCAGUUUCCCCAUGCUGUUAUUCCAUGAACGUGGAGAUUUAUUCCAAGAGUUAAGUCCGAACUCUCCAAUCAAGCACCCGUAAAUCUUCAUUGACAUAUUUUCAACUUUCUAAGAGAACAAUAAUAGAGAAUUCAUACUAAACUUGCAAUAAACUUUAGCUUGAGGUAUAAGAGUAAUCAAUUUUAGUAAUCUAACAAAACGAUAAAAGUAAUGAGCGAAUUACACAUGACCCAUCGUUGCAGUAAUUUUAUAUCUGCGAAAAAAGUUCUAACUCCAGAUUUAGAUUCAGAAGAAAAGAAGAUAUUAAGCUAUCAAGAAGCUUAGCUAUCAGAUUUAGAUCUUACACCAUAAAGAAGAUAAAAGCUCUAACUCCAGCUUGAUUUUAGUUCUCGAAUCAGGGAAAACAAGAAAAGAGCAAAAGUAAAGAUCGGAACUUUGUCGCGUUCUUUAUACAAGUAAACGCCGCCGUUUCGUGCCGCGGGAACCUUUACCGCAUGCCGGCCAGAUUUCCGGUCCAAACAGAAGCGGAAGUACCGGCCGGUGCCUGGAGCGUCAGAGGCUCAGAGUCGUCCGGGUCAUAAUCAACGGCAAUACCAAACACCCGGUUCUAUGUGUCAUUAAACCGGCCUUUUUUCUUUAAUUUCCCCUAAAUGGACCGGAUAUUCGGGUCAACCCGAACCACUUUUUGCUAACCUAACCAGUCUUUCCGGUCUUCCGUCGAUUCAGCCAAUCCAUACAUAAGGGGAACCCAAACCCUCCCUCCUAACUCGGUCUCCUUUGUAAUCCAAUCUGUCUAUGCUUGCAAACGAUUCAACCGGACCCGGUAAGUUUCUUUCUUGAACCCGAUAUCUGUUUUCCCUUAUAAAUUUGGUUCUUUAUGCUUUCUUCCUUCAGAAAUCAUCAGGAAAAUGUAAAUAGUCCUGAACUGUUUGGCCUGUUGUAGCUGAGCUCUGCCUUUUCGGGAUUUGAAAAGCAAAAGUAGUUUUUUUAAGCCCUAGAAUCUUAUUGUAUUUUGGAAAGAUUGGAAUUUCAAGAAUAAAAAAAGAAAUUCUUGAGGACCCUUUAUCAUGACUUCGAAUUUGGAACCCAUACCUGUCACUUCACAAAAACACGAUCCAGCAUGGAAACACUGCCAAAUGUACAAAAAUGGAGAUAGGAUACAACUCAAGUGUAUAUAUUGUGGGAAGAUAUUUAAGGGUGGUGGGAUUCAUAGGAUUAAAGAACACCUUGCUGGUCAGAAGGGUAAUGCCUCUACUUGUUUGAGAGUCCAGCCUGAUGUUCGGAUUCUAAUGCAAGAGAGCUUAAAUGGGGCUGCAAUGAAAAAGAGAAAAAAACAGAAACUUGAUACCCAAAAUACCCUCCCCCUUGAAGCUAUGGCUUUAAGUGAACUGAGCCCUGGUGUUGGGUUGCUUACGGUGGGGGAUGCUCUUGAACAAAGCUUUAAUGCGUAUGGAUGUCAAGAAGAGGAAGGGACAAGCAACCAAAUGACGGGUAGGAAGAAGAAAGGUAGGAUUAGGAAGGCCGGAACGGGUGUAAUAACUUGUAAAGAAGUUUUGAGUACCAUUGCAAGGCUUAAUGACCACGUCCACAUGGCCAUUGCACGAUUUUUACUAGACGCAGGAAUACCCUUCGAAGUUGUGAAAUCUCCUUAUUUCCAACCUAUGAUCGACUCGAUUUCUUCCCAAGAACCUGGGAUAACGGGGCCCACUUAUCAUGAACUGAGAAAUUGGAUUCUGAAAAGCUCGAUUCAAGAACUAAAGUGCGAAACUGACCGCUACUCAAACAUGUGGGCGAGGAGCGGGUGUUCUGUUCUGGUCGACGAGUGGACGACUGAUGUGGGUAAAUCUAUAAUAAACUUCUCGGUCUAUUGUCCCGAGGGGACAAUGUUCUUGAGGUCAGUGGAUGCGACUGAAAUGGUAAAUUCUGCCGAUUCCCUAUGUGAAUUGCUCAAGGACGUUGUGGAGGAAGUUGGGGUCAGAAAUGUCUUACAAGUAAUUACAAGCAACGACGAACGGUAUAUUGACGCCGGACGAAGGGUAACUGACACUUACCCGACGGUAUUCUGGGCCCCAUGUGCUUCCCAAUGCAUCGAUAUGAUGCUUGAUGACAUCACGAGUCUAGGGUGGGUAAAUGAAACCAUCGCGCAAGCCAAAACUAUAUCUAGGUUUAUCUAUAACAAUAACAACAUUUUGAAUUUGAUGAGGCGUCAUACUUUUGGGGUUGACUUGGUUGAAUUGGGUGACACCAGGUCGUCAACAGAUUUCUUGACAUUAAAAAGAAUGGUAAACAUCAAGCAUAAUUUACAGUCAAUGGUAACUUCUGAGGAGUGGAUGGAGAGUCCCCAUUCAAAGAAGCCUGAGGGCUUUUCCAUCUUAGAUUUGAUCAGCAGUGAGGCCUUUUGGUCAAGUUGCACUUUGAUUACACACCUGACAGGCCCACUCUUGAGACUUCUAAGAAUAGUCAGGAGCGAGAAGCGGUCUGCAAUGGGGUAUGUUUAUUCUGGUCUUUACCGGGCAAAAGAAGUGAUCAAGAAAGAACUUGCUGACAAGAGCGACUAUUUAAUUUGUUGGAACAUUAUAGACCAUAGGUGGGCCCCACUUCAGCGACAUCCUCUUCAUGCUGCGGGAUUUUACCUGAAUCCGAGGUUCUUUUACGGUACGGAGGAAGAUGUCCACCUUCACUUGAGGUCUUUGGUGUAUGAUUGCAUAGAAAGAUUGGUUCCUGACCCGAAUGUUCAAGACAGAAUAGUGAAGGAGACUUCUUCUUACCAGAAUGGUGAUGGAGAUUUCGGGCGGAAAAUGGCAGUUCGUGCUAGAGAUACUCUUCUUCCUGCUGAGUGGUGGUCAACAUAUGGAGGGGGGUGCCCAAAUUUAUCUCGUUUGGCUAUUCGCAUUUUAAGCCAAACUUGUAGUCUAAUUAGUAAUAGUGCCAAGCCAAAGCACGCUUCUUUGGAUCAGAUGCAUGAAACCAGUAACUGCAUAGAGCAUCAGAGGCUUAAGGACAUUGUUUUUUUGCAGUACAAUUUACACUUAAGGGCACAGAAGGACAGAGAGGAUGUUUCUGUGGACCCCAUUUCAUAUGAAAACAUACCCUUUGUUAAGGACUGGGUUUCAGAGAGAGAGAUAUGCUCGGAUGAACCGGCUAGUUCAGACUGGAUGGCUGUGGACCCGCCUUUGUCUAACGCUAUGCUCUUGUCACCUCAAGUUGAUGACUUUGAAGCAUUGGGUGCAGUAAGUUUGGAGCUAAAACAGCGAGUUUGGCAUUUGGAGCAGUGAGAACUGUAAAAAAAUGUCUUUGGGAAAGUAAUGGAGGCUUUGAAUUUGGAAUGUAGAAUUACUGCAAGGCCAUUUGAAUAAGAAUGCAUAAAGGUUUGGUGACUAUGAAAUUUUUUAUGCGGUGAAAGAUAUCAGAGACGAAAAUGGUGAUGAAACAUUGUCAUGAAACAGUAGAAUGGUGAAGAUUAAGGCUCAGUUGAACUGCUUUGAAGAAGGCCCCGUCCGAUUAGAAAACAGUCUGUCAUUUCCACCAUUGCUUAUGGCAGAAAAUGUAAUGAAAUAUCAUGAGCUCCGUUACCCUUUGGGUUUUGAAAGAGAGUAUAUGACAUAUUGCAUCACUUUAUUUCAUUUACUAGUUUGCUGUCAUCCUUCGUCCAAGUGCCUA